AAAGUUCAAAUUCAAAACUUUCAGCGUAACGCCAGUAACGGACGUUUACUGAUUGUCACGUUGUCAAAACGUGUGUGUUUGUGUGGACUCGCAUCAAUUCUGAUCUACUUUUUCCGAGAAAGAUUUUGACGGAAUAUUUUUGCAUGUCGAAGAAGAAGAUCAUGUACAUCAGUAAUUGACGGGGUAUAAGAAGAGUGUUGUGCAAGCAAUGCGUCAGCGUCGUGAGUAACGGCAAUAUAAUCAUGUGAAAAUAUACUUUGCAGAGUAUUGUUACGUGAGAAACGAUGGUGUUCAAUAAGAAAGACUCGAGCAAGACAUUCUUGCUUGGUAAAGCUAACAGAGAGGCAGAAAAAACGUUAAUCAAGCCAAGUACAAGUAAGACAACUAUGAAACCUGAAGAUUCUCCCGAAAUGUCGAUCAAGGUGAUUGUGAGAGUCCGUCCCGACAAUGAAUAUGAGCUGCAAAAUAAUGGUAGGACUGUCAUUGAAGUCGUUGACGACAAAAUGCUGAUAUUUGAUCCAAAGGAGCAAGCAACACCUUUCUUCUUUCACAAUGUUGCUCAAAAAGGUCGAGAUAUGCUGAAGAAACAAAACAAACAACUGCAGUUUAUUUUUGAUAGGAUCUUUGACAGGACAUCCACCAACAUUGAUGUGUUUGAAGGAAGCACUAAAAGCUUAAUCAGUAGUCUUUUGGAAGGCUAUAACUGCUCUGUGUUUGCAUAUGGCGCUACAGGUGCUGGUAAAACUCACACCAUGCUAGGUAACAAAGAAGAUCCAGGUAUUACGUAUCGAACAGUGGCAGAACUUUUUUCUGAGAUUGAAACUCAGAGUAAACACCGAGAGUUCAACUUGGGUGUGACAUAUCUUGAGAUAUACAAUGAAAAUGUACAAGACUUAUUGCACAAGUCAGGCCCAUUACACUUAAGAGAAGAUGGUAGAUGUGGAGUCAUAGUUGCUGGUUUAGAACCAAUUGCUAUUCAAAGUGCUAAAGAGCUACUGACAUUGUUGGCAGAAGGUAAUAAAAAUCGCACUCAACAUCCGACAGAUGCAAACAAGGAGAGCAGUAGAAGUCAUGCAGUUUUUCAAGUGUAUAUCAAAAUACUUAAUAAGUUAGAUAACCAAGUACAACGAGUAAAACUCUCUAUGAUCGAUUUAGCGGGAUCUGAGAGAGCUUCAGCUACUGGAUGUAAAGGUGUGAGAUUUAAAGAAGGUGCCAACAUCAAUAAAUCUUUACUCGCUCUUGGGAAUUGUAUAAAUAAUCUAGCAGAUGGUAUAAAGCAUAUUCCAUACAGAGAUUCAAAACUUACAAGACUACUGAAAGACUCACUUGGUGGCAAUUGUUAUACCGUUAUGAUAGCUAAUGUUGGACCUUCUAGCAUGACUUAUGAAGACACAUAUAACACUCUGAGAUAUGCAAAUCGUGCAAAGAAAAUCAAAUCAUAUGCCAAGAAAAAUGUAUCCUGUGAAACACAUGUUGCUGGUUACAUCAAGAUUGUGGAAGAACAAAAGAAGGAAAUAGAGAGCUUGAAGUCGAAACUAGCAGCUCUUGAGAGUGGAACGUUACAGCCAGUGCAGGAAAUUAAACAAAAUAAAGUUAUAUUGGAUGUGUAUUGCAAACUGUCAGGAUUAUAUAAUAAGAAAAAAGAAUUGAUCGAAAAAAUAUUGGCUCUAGAAAGUUCCGAUAAGAUUCUGGCUUUUAGAAUACUUUACAAAAAGGAUGCAGAUGAAAGAUUGCACAAUUUAACAACAGCUGGUGACGUUUUGCAAGAGGAACAAAACGUUAGUGGAAAAUUGCGCAUUAACAAAUCUCUUGAUUAUUUCCAACGUCAAAGAGAUUAUUUGAAGGCACAAAUAGAAGAAACGUGGCAGGAAUUGUGUGCAGCUGAGACAGUAAUACAAGAGGUAACUACUUCCCAAUUGAAAUCUGGAUCUAUCGAUGAAAAUCUGCAAAAUAAAUUGUCUUUGCAAAUUUCUGAGAUUGAAAAAUGCUGGAUUUUCGGAAUGCAGCAACAUCUGAAGAAAUUUAGUAGUCUUAUGCAAUGCGAAAGACAGUCAAUAAAUACUAUAACAAAACUAAUGAGUAAUACUCUCCAGAAUUACUAUAAUAUCGUGAAAGGUUACGGAUCAAUGACCGAAAAGAUGGAAGUAGAAUUCAAAGAACUAGUUAAGUUGCUUGAAGGUUUUCGCAAUAUCAAAUGGUCCGAUUCGGAUUCAAUUAGUACUGUAGAAGAUUUUUGCUUGCUUACAUGCUUAAGCAUGGGCAGUAUCAAUCCAUUAAAUAAUUCUGCACCAAUAAUUACGACCACGCUAGAAACAGAUAAUGAAGAGCGUGACGUUUCUAAUAUGAAUGUUUUAAAUUCUACUUUUAUUGCAACUUCAGAAGCGAAUAUCGACAAAACUUUUAACUUAAAUGACGAAAGUAAUGAUCACGACGACAACAUUUCGAACAACAAAUCGAAAAACUUGCAAGAAACUCCAAGUGAUAAAAUUGCUUCGAAGGAAACGUUUAGAAAACGUGUAUUGUCUGAUAAAAAUAAUGACACUGGCAGUACACCACCGAAGCAAACAAAAAAAUCACUGGCAAAUAACAAAUUUAUUGUACAAAAUAACAAUAGUCGCGUAGGCAAAGAAAACGCGAAUAAACAAAAGCCUGUUCAAAUGAGUGAAAAAAGUAUUGCUAUUUUAAAUAAAUUAAAGACUAAUACAUCUAAUCUCACGACAUCUCACUCAUCUCAACAUGAUAUUAUGCAAGAAAAAAUAAAUUUAUCACUUAAGGCAAUGCAUAAUAAAGAAAGACGUGGCCUUAUGUCGACACAUCCGUAUCACAAACCAACUUGUGGAAAGAAGCACACUCCAGCAAAACCAUCCACACGUGUUCCGUGGUAAUAUUAAAGGAAAAUUUGUAUUCUUUUUUAUGUAAGAUUUGAAAUAACAAGAAUUUCUAUUGCAUUAAUUAAUAACAAAUUUAAAAAAGCGUCUAUUGAAUAAACCCAAAUAAAAUAUAUAUAAUAUUGAA